ACGUAAUAGCUUUGUCGCUUACGGACUCGCUGGCAGGCUCUGGAGCUGCUGUACCUUUGCCGGAACUGGAGGACUCCAUCCCGGGGCACAAACAUCCAAGAAUCGGGGAGAUAUGGGGGGAUCGCAAAGUGUUGAGAUUCCCGGAGGAGGGUCCGAGGGUUACCACGUCCUCAGAGUGCAAGAGAAUUCUCCAGGUCACCGGGCAGGACUGGAACCGUUCUUUGACUUCAUCGUAUCCAUAAAUAACACUAGACUGAACAAAGACAAUGACACUCUGAAGGACCUGCUGAAGGCCAACGUGGAGAAGCCGGUGAAGAUGCUGGUGUACAGCAGCAAGACGCUGGAGCUGAGGGAGACCACGGUUACGCCCAGCAACAUGUGGGGCGGCCAGGGGCUGCUGGGAGUCAGCAUCCGCUUCUGCAGCUUCGAGGGAGCCAACGAGAACGUGUGGCAUGUGCUGGAGGUGGAGCCUAAUUCCCCUGCGGCUCUGGCUGGCAUGAGGCCGCACACGGACUACAUCAUCGGAGCGGACACUGUCAUGAACGAGUCGGAGGAUCUGUUCUCGCUCAUCGAGACGCAUGAAGGAAAGGGUCUGAAGCUGUAUGUGUACAACACCGACACGGACAACUGCCGAGAGGUGGUGAUCACACCCAACAGCGCGUGGGGUGGAGAGGGCAGUCUGGGCUGUGGGAUCGGCUAUGGCUACCUGCACAGAAUACCCACCCGGCCGUUUGAGGAGGGGAAGAAGAUCAGCUUCCCCGGGCAGGUUCCCAGUGAGCCGACGAGCCCGCUGAAGGACGGUUUCACGGAGGUGCAGCUCUCCGCCGUCACUCCCCCACCUGUUCUGCCUUCUGCUCCCUCCGGGCUGGAGGAGGGGCUGUCCGGCCUGUCAAUCAGCUCGGCCCCGCCCACCGUCCCCAGCGUUCUGCACACAGGUGUCCCGACCGUGCCGCUGCUGCCCACCCCAGUCACCCCCGCCAUGAGCACAGUGCCUCCCAUCAACCCCGCCACCACGCUACCAGGCCUGCUGCCUUUAUCAGGAGGCCUACCCCCCCUGCCCACCUUACCAAACCUGAACAUCCCUUUGCCGGACUUAAGCGCUGUCUCAUUAUCUGGCAUUGGGGGGCUACCCCCAUCUACAACAGGUCUCCCCACGCUGGCACCCCUACCUCCUCUGAACCUGCCCGGGAUCUCCCCUUUGCCCCUACCCACAAUGCCUCUGGGCCCCGGCGUGACUCUGCCUGCGCCUGUCGCCCCCGUUGCCCCUGCUGUUCCUCCCGCAGCCCCCGCCGAGCAGACCCCCGCCCUCAUCCUGGACGCCACGGCCGCCCCCGACCUCCCCGCCUCCCCCGCUGCCACCGACGACGCCGCUCUGACCGAGGCCCUGGCGGAGGCGGCCGUCACCACGGAAGCCCACCCGGCGGAGCCGACGGACGCAGCACAGGUGUCCCCCGCCGCCUCGUAACGACAGGGCGGGCUCCUGCCGGGCCGCCCCUCCUCCUCCCCCUCUGCGGUGUAUUUAUUUAGCCACAGGAAUGAACCCCCAAAGUCCCCCCACACGACUGUACGGAACGCGGCCCGUCCCAGAGGAGGUUCAGAGCGGAUGCGGGAAUCCAUCGGGACGAAGGACAGUCGGGCGCCGGAGAGAGAGCGCGAGAGAGAGCAGAGAGAACGUGCUGGAGUGUGUGGAGGGAUCGUCUACAGUCCGUACCUGUACAGCCACAGUGUCCUUUUAUGCAUCACCUGUUUCAUUCAAUUUGACCUCUUAGUAUAGACCCUGAAAUGUACCCCCCUCGACCCACUGUUCUGCAAUAUUAAUUUGAUUUAAAUGAUCUGUGAUGCCAUUUUUCUUUUCGAUGGAUGAUUGUUUUUUUGUUUUUUUUUCUUUUUAUCUUUUCUGUAUUUUGGCACACAUCUUUAUCGAACAUGGUGCAAAUAUAUCCACGUCUCCGUAUACAGUAUGUUUGAGUGAGCUCUUGCCCUUUGCUUCCUUUUGCUGUGUAGUGAAAGCGAAUUUGCAGCGCAAAGGUGUGUAGAGGCUGAAAGUGGAACGGGUGCUGUAUGGCUGGUAACCAGAAGGUGGCGCUGCAGACCACCUGCUGAGAAAAUAUCCCUCUUCACAUACGAAAGCAAUAAACUCAUGGAAUUUUAAACUGCUGGUAUAAAGUUGGUAUAGUUCUUUAGUCACGGCUUUUCCUCGUAAAGGAACAUGUUUAUGUUAGUUAAUGUACAGGAAGUGGGUAGCCUCACAACUGAAGUGACUGCAUGAAAUUUUGUCUAGACAAUAUCCUU